GUGUCAGCUUUCCAACAUGGGAACGUGUAAUGACAUGAAAGUCUGGUCACCACCUCACAAUGGGAUUUUGCCAGCGAUGAGCAUCAUAUCCUGCUCCACUCAUUCCAUGGGACUCUCAUUUUUUCACACCACCAUGAACUGUCCACUGAAUGCCUCCUUGGAAUCCUUGCCUCCACAUCGUUUUGAUAUGAGCAUGAGUGAUGGGAGUUACAACAUAUAUAAUGCUGUGUAUGCUGUGGCCCACAGCGUACAUGAGAUGCUUCUACAAUUGUUAGAAAUACAGCCAGUGAACAAUGGGGCAAAGCUGACAUUUUCUCCCUGGCAGUUGCACCCGUUUCUCAAGAACCUCCAAUUUACCAAUCCUGUGGGUGACCUAGUGAAUUUGAAUCACAUGAUGAAUUUGGAAGCUGAAUAUGACAUUCUCAACUUUUGGAAUUUUCCAUAUGGUGUUGGACGUAAGGUUAAAGUAGGACAGUUUUCCCCUUAUGCCUCACAGAGCCAGAAGUUGUCUCUCUCUGAGAAUUCGAUAGAGUGGGCCAUAGGAAUUACAGAGACUCCACGUUCAGUAUGCAGUGAGAGUUGCAGCCCUGGAUUCAGGAAAGCCUCUCUGGAGGGGAAGCCUACCUGUUGUUUUGAUUGCACACCUUGUCCUGAGAAUGAGAUUUCCAAUCAGACAGAUAUGGACCAGUGUAUGAAGUGUCUGGAUCAUCAGUAUGCCAGCACAGAGCGAAACCAGUGCUUCCACAAAAAAGUGACCUUUCUGUCUUUUGAAGAUCCCCUGGGGAUGACCUUGGUCUGCACAGCUCUGUGCUUCUCUGUCCUCACUGCUGUGGUUCUUGGGGUCUUUGUGAAGCACCGAGACACUCCCCUAGUCAAGGCCAACAAUCGUUGUCUCAGCUACAUCCUGCUCAUUGCCCUCAUCUUCUGCUUCCUCUGCUCCUUACUGUUUAUUGGUCAUCCCAACACAACCACCUGUGUCCUCCAGCAGACCACGUUUGGAGUGAUGUUCACCGUGGCUGUUUCCACAGUCCUGGCCAAAACUAUCACUGUGGUUCUGGCCUUCAAGGUCACUGCCCCAGGGAGAAGGAUGAGACACUGGCUGAUAUCAGGGGUACCUAACUCCAUUAUUCCCAUCUGCUCCCUCAUCCAACUGGCUCUCUGUGCCAUCUGGCUUGGGAAUUCUCCUCCCUUUAUUGACACAGAUGCACACUCAGAGCAUGGCCACAUCAUCCUGAUGUGUAACAAGGGCUCAGUCAUUGCCUUCUACUGUGUCCUGGGCUACCUGGGCUCCUUGGCCAUGGCCAGCUUCACUGUGGCUUUCCUAGCCAGGAAUCUGCCUGACAAGUUCAAUGAAGCCAAGUUCCUGACAUUCAGCAUGCUGGUGUUCUGCAGUGUCUGGGUGACCUUCCUGCCUGUCUACCACAGCACCAAGGGGAAGGUCAUGGUGGCUGUGGAGGUCUUCUCCAUCUUGGCCUCUGGUGCGGGGCUCCUGGGCUGCAUCUUUGUCCCCAAGUGCUACAUUAUUCUCCUAAGACCUGAGAAGAAUGCUUUGAAAGGAUUAAGGGAUAGAAGAAUUUCUAAGGAAACAGAUGUUCUCAGGUGUAGCUCUUAGGCUCUCUCAGUUUUUAUUGGUUAGAAUCUAAAAUUAUAAAACUGAUUUUGCAUUCUGAUGUUAAAAAUAACUUGUAUAAUGUACCCUCCUUAUGAACAAUUUAUACUUUUCUUAAUAUGUUUUUGUUCUGAAGGUCCAAUUUACAGAAAAUGAAGAUAGAGAGUGGGAGAAACCUUCCAUCUGGUAAUGGAAUCUGAAGAUAUCUGUAGUGGCCCAGUGCUAGUUCAUGCCAAAGCAAGGAGAUUAAUUCAGGUUUUCAUGUGAGUGUCAAGGACAGAAAGGCUUAGGCCAUCUUCCAAAGCAUUUUCUAGAUCUUAACAAAAAGCUGGAUUGCAAGUGGAGCGGACAAGACAUGAACUGGCACCAACAUGGGAUGUCGGGGUUAUAGGUGCUACUUAUAGCCACUAUACCCCCAUGCUGUACCCAUUCCUUCUCUCUUCAAAAUAAUACUAUGAACUAAUUUCUUAGUCUGGGUUUUAUGUUCAUAAGCACAAAACCAAUCUCAGAUAAAGGCUCCCCUUGAAACUUUUCAUUUCUUUUCAAUCCUGUAUUUUCAAUGUCAACUCAUUGACAUUGUCAUAUUCAUAUUUUAAUAA